AUGAAACGGUUUGAUAUGGAUGACCAGUCUUCUUCAUCCAGCCCUGAGCACAAGAGACAGCGCCUUCGUCCAGGAACCCCAGCUUCAGUGUCAGACCUCAGCGGGACAUGCCAACACAGCUGUGUGAAGGGUAGAAGUGACCUCUUACUUGCAAACCUGUCAAUGUUUCCUGGGGAGGAAUCCUGUGAAAGGGAGGACUCGUGCGCUGCGGUCAACGGCAAAAGCAAGCAAAGAAUCCAGCAGCUGUUGAAGGGUAAGCUUUGCAACUGCACCAGGAAGUGCGUGAGCAGUCUCACCUUUCGUUUACUAUAUGGGCUUUGCGUCUCUUUUUGGAACCUUAGCAAAGCAGCUCAAGAUUGCGUUCUUUGGGGGAUUCAAAACCUACACAAGGGAGCAGUAGCUGCUUCCCCUGAUUCUGAAGAAGAGGAUUCGCAACCAGGUUCUGAUUGUGAGAGUGAUCCAGGGUCUUCUACAUCUAGCAGCGGCGACACAUCAGAUGGAGAGUCAGAGUCUUCUUCGGACUCUGACGAAAAGGUACACGGGUAUGCCGUGAAGCCUUUUGCAAGGCUCUUGGAAUCAGUUCAUGGAGGCUUGUCCGUACACGGCAUACCUUCCAGGGAGAAGAUCAAAGAAAAUAUGGUGCAUGAGAAGGAUGCCCAUUUGGCCACAGAACCGCAAAGGGAGAAGCUACUGAAUCUAUUGGUGGAUUCAGCCUUGGAAUCUGACUUGUCCAAGUCUGUUUUGUGCUUGGGCCCUUCAAGUUUGGUACGGCGGUACCUACCACCGGGUUGUUACUCAGACCUAUACCACCUUUAUGUCAGCUUUCAGACUUCUCAGAAGUUAAAGAGUGCUUCGCCAACGACUUUCUACAGGGUGCUUCGGACCAGCGGUUGGCGAAAGGUCUUGCGAUUUCGAAACGUCAGCCAACACUCAGCCUGUAGCAUUUGCUCUCGCCUGAAGGCUCAGCUCAGGCACAGCAAAGAUGUUUCUGAGCACGCAAAGGCAGCUGACCUUUUGAUGAGACAUUUGACAGGACAGUUCUUGGACAGGUCAACCUAUUGGGCAUACAGAACCCGUGCAAAACGGGACCAGGACAUCCUCACCCUAAUCACGGACUCCAUGGACAAAGGGAAAUUCUCUUUGCCUAGGUUUGGUGAUGGACGUGUUCCCAAGGACCUACAGCUAUUGAAUCGACCAUCCUGCGAAGUCACAGCCACCAUCAUCCAUGGAAGGUUGAUAUAUGUUGCGAUCGCUGAUGAGGGAGAGGAAACUGCCCACUAUCUCGAUGAGAAGCGCAUGGAUGACCUCAAUGAACUUGCGGACUGCUUGACAGAAGAUUACCCUCAAUACACACGAGCAGCGCGCUACUUGCACAUGUUGGGCGGGCAAGAGGAGCCCAAGUCUGAAGACGGGACUCCAGAUUCUGCAAAGGUGCAAUCUUUGAAGCACCGGCUUCUGGCCACGUUCGAGGAGGUAUCUGUGGAUCAGAACAUUGCGGAGUGGACCUACAACAACCAUGGCUUAGAUACAGGAAAGCAACUCCAGUUUGCCAAGGUUCGCACCCAUCUCCCUAGCAUUGUGUGGAAGACUUACCAGUCAGAGCGGGAAGCUCUGGACAUCAAGUUUGACAUGCCACCGGGCGAUGACAUAGAGUACUUUACUGUGAAGUUCAUUGAUGGUCCUGAUGCAGACACUGACACAUCUGGCAGACUGGCAGCACAGCUAUUGCCCUGGUUGGAGUCAACGUUGUCUGGGUUGAAUGGUGGCAUGCGCCGCUAUGACAACGAGCUUGUGAUUGGGUACAUCAACUUCCCAGGACCAAGUCGUCUCCUCAAAGUCUACCAAGUGCACUUUUUGUACACCAAGAGAGGUGAAGCUGCACCAGAGGAGGAAGAGGAGGACGAACCAGAAGACAAGCCUGAUGGUGAGUCAGUCUUGCGGGACUUUCAAUACCAGCUUAUGACUCAAUACAUGGAACGUGCCCGCAACCUCAAGGUGAAGAAGGGAAUGGUGAGCUUCCACCCUGACACCAUCUAUGGAAACCGCAGUGGCUUCCAGGAAGUUCUCAUCAUCACGGCCAACGACAAGUCCAAUCUGACUUGGAAAUCUAAGUUCUUCAAAAGUGGACAUGUCCAUGGAGUGACCAUGCUGGGCAGGCAAGACAUGCUCAAAAUGCCCAAAGAUCCAAGCGGGUUUGGCGGUGAGGGGCGCUUCACACAGGUUCAGGAGAUGAAGCAGGUGAUUGGCAACAAAGCCUUUGACCUGGCUCGCAACGGGCAUCUCAAGAUUAGUGGCUUCCCAGACUUCAAGCAGAGUGUGCAGGAGCUCCAGAAGGUUGAGCCACCACCACAGCCGAACUAUUCAGUAUCAGUACCCUUGGGGCAGGCAUUGCUCACCAAGGAGUGCUUGGUGGAUGAAUGGCAGCAAAAGACGGACUUUUGCAAGGAGUUUGAGGUCUUGCUAGCGGCCCAUGACCAAGAAUUCAACCCGAAGAAGAUCAAGAGGAGUUCUGAAACCCUUGGCCAGAGUCCUUCAGAGCCACCAACCAAAAGGCUUUGUAUUCAAGCGGAUCCAUUGAAUUUGAACGAGUUUGAGACAAAGCAAGAUCUGGCAUCUGGCCACUGGACCCUGAGCUUGGCUGAUGGCCAGCUCUUCCUUCAUUCCAACGAGGACUUCACAGUGCCACAAAAUGAAGAGCUUUGCUCAUUUGGUUCUGGGGACUAUGUGAAAGAUGUAGAGGCCAACGAUGUCAUUUCGGAUGCGGAUGGGCGAUGGGUUCAGUAUGACCUCACAGGCCCAGCGGCUGAGUCCCUGGCAAUCUUGGAGCACUCGAGGAAACUUCCAGAGCACCUGCGUGACAAAGAUUUCUUCAACAAGGUCCUACCAUGCUCAGAGAUCAUGCUCAAGUUAGAGAAUGAGGGGGAGGUCAACCUGGCUGUGGCAGAGCACAAGACCGCCAAGGACCAGCAAGGCAAUGUGUCUUUUCAAUCCCUGCAGAAGGUUGCCUUCGUACUUGAUCCGAUCAAGACCAAGAGUGAGAAGAAGAACAAAAAGGCGACAGCAAUUUCCUUUGGGGCCAACUUCCCGAUGGGCAAACUGCGAGCUCCUUCCAACCGGAACAUCAAGAUUGUGUGGAGGAUGAGGCAAGUUGUGGGCUUCCAAAAGUUAUCUUUCAUUAUCGCUCACUUUCACCCCUCAUUGCUGCCCUGA